AUCAAAUUGAACAAAUGUUUGUUGAGGCCCACAGAGCAAAACGAAAACCAGACCUACCUAGGGUUUUUGAAUUUGCUUAGGGUUUUUGGCAGAGAAGAAGGAAGAAAUGGAGGGAUUGAAGGUAUCAGAGGCCGAUUUGCUGGUUUAUUUACAUCCUUCAAAGUCCAAAAACGUCUCUCAAGCCAUUUAUAAUGAACUCAGCUCAAUGCUUUUCAAGUAUAAUGAAACGUUUGACGGUGUUUUAUUGGCUUACUCUGCUUCUACCAACGAUGAACUUGCAAAGAUUCUUCCUGGUCUUCAUCCUUGUUUUGGUGUCAGAUUGAAAGCUCAGUUGUUGCUUUUUGAUCCUAAACCAAACAUGAUUUUAGAAGGAAAGGUGGUUAAGCUUGGUGCACAGUCUAUACAUAUAGUUGUUCUUGGGUUUUCAUCAGCCACCAUUAUAGACGAAGAUAUUCGAGAAGAGUUUGAUUACAAAGUUAAACAUGGAAAGGAAUUGUUUGCUAGCUCGGUUAAUAAGCGGCAUAAGAUAGAGAUCGAGACUGUUGUACGAUUUGUAGUUAAGAGCUUUGACGAAGAAACGCUACACUUGUCGGGGUCUUUACUUCAACCGAACACAGGAAAUGUUAACUGGCUUGAUAAAUAUGCAGAAGAGGAUCUUGUUGAGAGUAAUACCAAGAAACAAAGAGACUAUCAAACGACGGAUCAUAGCAAAAUAACAACUGAUGAUGAUAGGGUUAAGAGAUCAAAGAAACACAAGAGUAGCCAUUCUUGAAGACAUGAUGAGUUUCAUAGAGAUUGUGAGCAGCAGCCAAUAUAGCUGGUAGCUGAGUUUUUGGUCCUAGGUAUUUUUUGUAAUUUUUCAUAGUACAAGUGAAACGAAGACGGUAAGAUAACAAGAAAGCACAACCGCCGCGCCGCAAGCAAGAAAAAUCCAAGUUAAAUCAGUAUGCAUUUGUAUGCAGUUGCUUACAGGUUUAUUUGAUUAUUGUUGUAUUAACUGGCAUCUAACAUCUUGAUAAAACAUGUUCUUAUCAGUAUACCUGGCAGAACAGGCGGGUCA